AUGGAUGCCGCUGAAUUACCUCAAUUCAUUCAGAGGCUAUUCUCCACAACCCUGACGCCCAGACAGGCAAAAGGAUUGUCGUUAGACGGCCUGUACCACAUCCCCGGCUGCUCUCGCAACCAAGCUACUGCGACUCGAAAUGUCAUCCUGUGCUUUAAGAUACGCAACGACAAAGAAGGAUUUAUGCGGGCAGUUAGGGGACAAACCCGGUAUACGUUUGAGGAACACUUGCUGAGUUUUUUUCAUGACUUAAGCCGUCAAACGCUGCACUGGAGAGUGUCUGUUAAAGGGGUAACCUCCCAACUGAGAGCUGCCGACAUCCCAUAUAAAUGGGGCAACCUGAGAGCAUUCAUAAUCAACAAAGACGGCCAUCAGCACCGACUGACUUCCCCAUCGGAGGCUUCGACGUUCCUGCAGGCAUUGAAACUUACCUCGACCACGAGUGCCACCACCAAAUUGGGGCAUCGCUGGGAUGUUGCCAACGUUGCGGUUUUUACCCCAUUGGGAUCUAGUGCUCCAGGACGACUGGACAUAACUGUAGUCAUCGUCUGA